AUGCAACAUAGCAAAGAACGGCCAAGUCCCAAGUCGUCCAGCACUUCGCUUUGCCUGUGUCCCUCUGUCGCGAUCCGACGCCAUGGACGGAACAGAUGUUUUCUGACUGUGUGGACUGCACUCCGCCUCUUCUGGCAGACGGUGUGCAUGUUCUGCAACCUGAAUGGAGCACCAAUGUCUGCUUCGCCGGAUCCGUUUGAGGAGGGACUACGGCUCUUUCUAGCUCGACAACAUACUCCAUUGGAGAAGCUGGAGGUCAUAGAUUUCAGGCAGAGCUGCUUCACGGCGAGCAAGACUUUGUACAUAUUUCACGAUCGACUCGGAGAUCAGUUCCGGGGGCGAUCAGCUACCCAGGCUGAGCAGUCGCCGGAAGCAGCAGGUGGCUGCCAAGAUUGCGGACUCUGCCACCCUGGGAAGGAAUCACAUAUUCUACAUCUCGAUGCCCCUGCUGAAUUGAGGCAAGGCUGGAGAGCUUGGACAUUGGGAGAGCCGUUUGCCUCCCAUGAGGUCCGAGUCGCCAAUGUAACUCACAGCAUACCGCUACAACAGAUGGAGCCUGAACAACUUGCCAACGGACUGCGAUUAGCACAAGAUCUUGGUCGCCUCCUUUCUGGAAGUCAUGGAGUUCAAACGUUAUACACGAUGAAGCAUGGUGCGCUUGCUGGAUCACUUUGCCCGCAUGUCCACAUUGGCAUGGUCAGGAGACACAGCCCUCAGUUUGAGCGAAGACUCAGCAUGGCCCGGAGUUUCUACCAGAAGUACCAUCGCUGCCCCGUUUGCCACUGCCACAUCAUCGCACCGCUGCGUGAUGAGCAGGCGGCCAAGCGCGUAGUGCAUGAAACAGGCGACUUUGUCGCGAUCGUACCGUAUGCAUCGACAGCCUAUCGUGUCUCCAUCGUUCCGAAGCAGCACGGCGCGUGUUGGUUGCAGCUCGGGUCAUCCAUCCAGCAGCUGGCAUUCUUGCUGCAACUUGUGGUCGAGGCAAUGCACAAUCUGCUGGUGGAUCCAUCCUACACGAUGUACAUUCUCUCGGUGGAUGGUCAAUCUGAGCUGGAGAAGGAGAACACGCUCCACGCCUUUCAUUGGUCUCUGGAGAUUCAGGUUCCGGGCUGA